AUGGCAGCUGAAGCAACAACGGCGACAACAGCAUUCGACAAAGCAGGCAGUAGUAGUGAUUCGUCCCUGUCUACAAAGGAUAAAAGGUAAACCAUUCAUCAUUUAUGCAUGCUAAUUUGCUUUGUUUCUUUUUGUUUACCUCAUUAAAGUUGGUGUAACUGGUGGACGGGCACAUCCUUCGAUAUGUUACGUGCGUUGGAAAAACGUAUCCUUUCAUAUCUCAAAACGCCGUACCGUGGGAGCUUCGUUGACGUAGGACAUUGUGUUGGUGAAGCAGAUAAAGUAUGGACGCUUUCGCUGAACACAGAAUCCCCGAAUGUGCCGCUAGUGCUGGUGCAUGGACUUGGUGCCGGCGUUGCCCUUUGGGUGCUGAAUCUAGACGCACUUGCCAAGGAUCGACCAGUGUAUGCGAUCGAUGUGCUAGGGUUCGGUCGCAGUUCCCGGCCACGUUUUUCGUCCGAUCCGAUGGUGGUGGAGAAACAGCUGGUUAAAUCUAUAGAAGAAUGGAGACGUGAGAUGAACUUGAAGGAAAUUAUACUACUUGGCCACUCGAUGGGUGGCUUUAUUGCAGCCAGCUACGCACUCUCCUAUCCGGACCGGUUGCGUCAUCUCAUACUGGCGGAUCCGUGGGGUGUGCCGGAGAAGCCAAAAGAUUUCGAAAACAACGUACGCAUUCGUUUCUGGUUGAAACCAAUCUUUGCCGUCUCGAAGAUGCUGAAUCCACUCUGGCCGAUACGUUUCGCUGGACCGUACGGACCGUCGCUGGUGAACCGCUUCCGGCAGGAUAUUGUGAUGAAGUUCUCGCCCAUCAUUUCAGACGGAAUGGAUAUAUCAAACUACAUCCAUCAAUGCAACUCUCAGAACCCGACUGGUGAAGGUGCGUUCCAUACGAUGAUGCAAGAUUUUGCUUGGGCAAAAAAUCCGAUGCUCAAUCGAAUUGGUGAGAUAAAAAGUACCGUACCGAUCACCGUGCUGUACGGUUCCAAGUCCUGGCUGCUGAACACCAGCCCACCCGAUAUCGUAAAGCAGCUAGAGGAGAACAGUUCGGUGAAUGUAAAAAUUAUCGAAGGAUCCGGCCAUCACAUAUACGCCGAUGAUGCGGACGCCUUCAAUCAAAUGGUCAAUGAAGCCUGCCGCGCAGCGGACAAAGUGCAGAAGGCGGAAGAAUAA